GGCUCCUCCCCUCUAGUCUUGCACAGGUGUACCGGCUCCUCCCCUUCAGUCUUACACAGGUGUACCGGCUCCUCCCCUUCAGUCUUACACAGGUGUAUAGGCUCCUCCCCUUCAGUCUUGCACAGGUGUACCGGCUCCUCCCCUUCAGUCUUGCACAGGUGUACCGGCUCCUCCCCUCUAGUCUUGCACAGGUGUACCGGCUCCCCCUUCAGUCUUGCACAGGUGUACCGGCUCCUCCCCUUAGUCUUGCACAGGUGUACCGGCUCCUCCCCUUCAGUCUUGCACAGGUGUACCGGCUCCUCCCCUUCAGUCUUGCACAGGUGUAGUGGCUCCUCCCUUUCAGUAUUGCACAGGUGUACCGGCUCCUCCCCUUCAGUCUUGCACAGGUGUACGGCUCCUCCCUUCAGUCUUGCACAGGUGUACUGGCUCCUCCCCUUCAGUCUUGCACAGGUGUACUGGCUCCUCCCCUUCAGUCUUGCACAGUGUACUGGCUCCUCCCCUCCAGUCUUGCACAGGUGUAUCGGCUCCUCCCCCCUUCAGUCUUGCACAGGUGUACCGGCUCCUCCCCUUCAGUCUUGCACAGGUGUA